AACAACACAAACAAAAGAGGCUGCUGCUGGUUUGACAUCAUUGGUAAAGGAAAUACGACCCAACACAAACAUAGAGGCGGAAUAAAAAGCUCUUCAAGAUCGGCAUUUUCAGUAUUAAAAAAAAAAAAAAAAAAAAAAAAAAAGAUAAAACAGCUACAUCAAUACAUUAUGGACUCUGAGUAUCAUGGCUUUGAAAUUCCCCUGUACACCGAGCUGAAGUGCUUCUGUAAAAAGGUGCACGAAGCCUAUAAAGAAUUAAAGGAGGACCAAACACCUUACAAAGAUGAUCGAUAUUACAGGCUGGCGCCGAUGCGGCUGUACACUCUCUCCAAGCGGCACUUUGUUCUGGUUUUUGUCGUUUUCUUCAUCUGCUUUGGGCUAACAGUUUUCAUUGGUAUAGCAGGUCCUAAAAUCAUUGACGAGUCAACAGUUAGUGUGUCCAACCUGAUGUCAAACAACACUUCAAAGGUGGGGCCAUUCCAGCUGAAGUCACCACCACUGUCAACAUAUAACCAGCAGCUGUGGCUCACUUGUCAGAUACAGCUGAGUCAGACCGAUGGUAUGGAUUUUUAUAAAGAGGUUGAUAUGAAAGUUGAAAUAAAAGGCGUAAUGCACGAUGCUAGUGUGAUGAACAUCCGUGACAGUGUUCAUAAUCGUAGCAGAUUGCUUCACUGUGGUGCUACGUGUGAGGAAAUCAUUGUGAUACACAUUGGGUAUCUAAAUUAUACACAGUAUCAGAUAAACGUUGACUUCACGAACCUCCAGACAAUUAAAUACACAAUUAAUGAGGUAAUCUUCACGUGGAAGGUCUACAAUCCCUCAUUUUCUCAAGUUGAAAUCUGGUUUCGAUUUGUUUUCGUGGUCUUCACAUUCAUGGUUACAUGCUUGUUUGCGCACUCCCUCCGGAAGUUCUCCAUGAGAGACUGGGGAAUCGAACAGAAAUGGAUGUCUAUCCUGUUACCACUGCUGCUGCUUUAUAAUGAUCCAUUCUUUCCCCUCUCAUUCCUAAUGAACAGCUGGUUUCCAGGGAUGCUGGAUGAUCUUUUCCAGGCUGUAUUCCUGUGUGCACUGUUGCUAUUCUGGCUCUGUGUCUAUCAUGGAAUUCGGGUUCAGGGAGAACGGAAGUGUUUAACAUUCUAUAUGCCCAAGCUUUUUAUUGUUGGCCUUCUUUGGUUAUCUGCUGUAACACUAGGGAUAUGGCAAACAAUGAAUGAGCUGCAUGACCCAACCUACCAAUUCAAAGUAGACACUGGCAAUUUCCAGGGAAUGAAGGUUUUCUUUCUGAUUGUGGUCUCCUUGUAUAUUUUAUAUCUGAUCUUCUUGAUUGUACGAGCCUGCUCAGAGUUGAAAAAUACGAUAUAUAUCGAUCUUAGAUUGAAGUUUUUGACUGCAUUGACGUUUGUCGUGUUGGCUAUCAGCAUCGCGAUACUGUACCUGAGGUUUGGAUCAAAAGUUUUGCAAGACAACUUUGUAGCUGAGCUGUCAACCAACUAUCAAAACUCAGCUGAAUUUUUAUCCUUCUAUGGUUUAUUGAACUUUUACCUCUACACUUUAGCCUUUGUGUACUCUCCUUCAAAAAAUGCUCUAUAUGAUUCCCAGUUGAAGGACAACCCAGCUUUUUCUAUGUUGAAUGACUCGGACGAUGAAGUUAUUUAUGGGAGUGACUAUGAAGAAAUGCCCCUACAAAAUGGACGUGCAAUAAAAGCUAGUACCAAGUAUGAAGAUGAGACGGACAGCGACUGAGGUUCUCAUUAGUUCAGAGAAACUUGGCAGCAAACUAAAACCACAAGUGUAAAUAUUACAUAUGUACUACUGGAUUGGCAUUUUAUUGUAUUUAAAUGCAAGUGGGACCGGUUGUUUUUAUUAUUAGUACAGUCGGCACCGCCUAAUCGUGAUACUGAUAAUCGGGAUUUCUGCUUCACUUUUUAGAGCAAGACUGGUUUGCGUAGCACUGGUUUGUAAACCACAUUGAACUCUUGAAGCUGGAGUUAUCUGUAGUUUCUCAGGCUGCUGUGGCAAAGAAAUUUGGCAUGUCAACAUCACAGGUGCCUCGCCUUGUGAUAAGAUGUCAUUCCAUUAUUUUUCAUUUCACGUAGAAAUAAGAAACCGAUUUUGUUUAGGAUUAAAAAAAUAAAUAAAUGAAAUGAUGUAUUUUAACAUUUAAUCAUAAUGUGAUUUAAUUUUUUUUCUUUUCAUUUAGAAACAGAAAAGUGUGACCUAAGGUCAUCUCAAAUGCCUCUCGUUCUAAUCGGGACAGCUGCUUAUUCUGGAUGUUUUACUUUUCCCGAGGUGUCUCGAUAAAGCGGCGUCGACUGUAUUAUUAUUUAAAAAGUGCUACUUAACAUGAUUGAAAGAACAGAUGGAGUUAUAGUUACACUACUACCCUAAGAGGUUGGUGAUUGAUUUUGCUACCAGGCAUUAACUUCAGUCACCAAGGCACAAGGAGUGGUAGUUAAAAGAUUUAUCCUCCUGAAAAAAAUGAAUAAACUGCAAUUUUUUUUUUCAGUAUAAGAAACCCCUUAGCUUUGAUAGCAGUGGUGUUUUGACUACAUAACAACAGAAUCCAGAGGUAAUAAAAGGGAAAAAUAUGUGUGAAGUAAAUAAUAAUUUUUAAUCAUAAUUUUAUAGAAAUGCCUAUAACUGAAAAAGCAUUACAGAUUUACUUUAAAAUCAGUGUGUAAAAAUAGAUGUCUUAUUAGUUAU